UUCAGACUAAGUGACUGUGAUCUUACACAGAUGUUCUUUGAAACUGUGGCCUCAGCUCUCCAGUCAGCCACCUCACCCCUGACAGAGCUGCACCUCAGCAGGAAUAAGCUGGGAGAAUCAGGAGGGAAGCUGCUGAGUGCUGCACUGAUGAGUCCAAACCGUAAACUACAGACUCUGGAUGUGAGCUUCUGUCAGAUGGGAAGUUCAGGAGUGGAGCUGCUCUGUACUGCACUGAGCAAAGUGUCCACUCUGAGAAUGGAUCAGUGUCGUCUGAAUGACCAGUCCUGUGAUCUCGUGGCCUCAGCUCUCCACCAGUCAGCCAACUCCCAGCUGAAAGAGCUGGAUUUCAGCAACAAUAAGCUGGGAGAAUCAGCAGUGAAGCUGCUCUGUGCUGGACUGAGGAGUCCACUGUGUGAUAUACAGGCUUUGAGACUCAGUGGCUGUAACCUUAAUGAGAAGUCCUGUGAAAGUGUGAUCUCAGCUCUACAGUCAGUCAUCUCAUCCCUGAGAGAGCUGGACCUCAGCUACAGUAAGCUGGGAGAUUCAGGAGUGGAGCAGCUCUGUAGCUCCUGUCCCUGCUGA